AUGGCCGAAAAUGAAAUAAUAGACAGCGAAAUACCAGAAGAGCAACCUGAAAAGGAAGCUAUCAUAGACGAAGCACCUACUGCAACGAUAGAUCUUGCGGUAGAUACAAACAAAAUUGAAAAGAAAAAUGAAAACGAAGAAAAAGAAGGUAAAGAUAAAGACAAAGACAGAGUUGAAGAAGAUAAGACUGAUGACAAAGACAAAGUUGAAGAUAAAAGUGAUUUGAAAGAAAAACCUUUAUCCUAUUCUAUUCCAUCUGAUGUAGUAAAAGACGAUGAAAUAAAAUUUGACGACAUUACAGAGUCAAUAAUCAGCUCGCCUCUUUUAAAUGAUGAUAUAAUUACAGAACUAAAAGAAAUGAAUGAGAGAUGCAUUAUAUUAGCAGAUGAGAUUCAAAAACUAAAACGUGAAGUGAUCGAGUUAUCAGAUAAACCCGAACUAACAGAGCAAGACACAUUAAUUAUUCAAGAGAAGCAAGAUAUUCUUACAUCAAAAAUAGCCGAACUCGAACAAUUGACACAAAAAGUUCAAAAAGCGCGAGAAGAAGUAGAACGGAUCAAGAAAAAAGAGGAAGAAGUUGAGGAGAAAAUAGACGUAGAACCAUUAAAAAAGAUUCCAGAGGAAGAUCGCUUUGAAUUACCACAAAUAGAAUAUCCUGAAGAUAAGCUUCCCAGAGUAAUUGUUUGUGGCUAUACGGAAGAUGUGCUUCCAAAAAUCGUCAUAGCAGAUGGUGAACGAAAAGGGAAAGAAAAGUGUCUUGAAAAAUUAACUGGAAAACUGACGGAAUCUUUAACAAUGCAAGAAAAAUUAGCUAAGGAAAACGCACAACUGGAAGGUGGAAAGUACAAACUAGAAGAAGCCUUGUUGGAAAAAGAUACCGCUCUAGAGAGUUUACAGAGGAAGGUAUGCGCUCUUCAGGCAGAAAUGCGUAUAAUUGUCAAAGAAAAUACGGAGCUGAGUCGUCAAUUGGCUACUUUGAAUCAACUAGUGAUUAGACCUACUUGCUGUUACACCUGUCCAGGUGUUGCUUCGUCUCCUCCAUCAACACCGCUGUCAUUCCGUCCGCAUGUUAGUGCGCAGCUUGGAGAAGACGUUUACUAUCGAUGCAAAUGCUGUCUUCAGUUCGUUGAUGCUUUAUCACCGACUACGGAAACCGCAUGCAAUUCACCAAGACUUACAGGAGGUGGCUCGAAAACGGACGAUCGUUAUUUCGUAGAUAAUUCUUUGCAAACCGUGAUGACUUCCCGUGGUCUAGCUGUCGUUAGGCCACCGCUUCCUAGAGGAACGUGCCCCGCAGAAUUGGAAGAUAAACUUGCCACUUACGGUACUAGCUCUAAACAAUUGGAACAACAAUUAGGCAGUAUAGAAACCGAGGUACGUAAUAUGCAGAUGGAAUUAGCAAACGUGCAACGAGAGCGACAGCAACUAGAACAGCAACGUAAAUUGCUUAAAUGCACCGGACCUUGUGCACCAUGUCCUUGUCCACCUCCGCCCUCGACAUGCGUGACACCCACCACGCCAGGACCUGCUGUGCCUUCCGCUCAGAUACCUGCGACUGGUUCCUGUACAAAUGCAGCCAUGGGCACCAGUGUUUCCGCUCAACAGCAAUUACGCGAUCUUCGCGAACAAUAUGCUCGGCUUCAGGAUGAUUAUAAGAACAAGUUGUGCGAGGUAUCAUGCAUGAGAACAGAUGCAGAGAAGUUCAAACAGGAUAUGCGCGAUGCAAAGGAAGAAAAAGAACGAAUGGAGAUAAAGUUGAUAGAUGCUCAGGAACGAUUGAAACUUCUAGAAAUAGAAAAAGAAAAAUUUGAAGGUCACAAAGAACAGUUAAUCGAACAGGAACAGGCUUUAAUAGUAGCGAAACAACGCUUUCGUGAAGCGCAGGAUGAGCUAGAGGAGCUUCGUUCUUUGAUUCAGGAUCAAGCUGCUCAAUUGGAGGAUUAUCGCAACAAAUAUUUGCAAGCCCAGCAACAAGUUGAAGAACAGCGUCGACAACUGGAUCUUAUGGAAAUGGAUAAUGCGCGAAUGAAUGAGAACGUUACUCUGGAAAUUGGACGAGUUAAAAAUCAAUUUCAAGAAAAAUUAGCCGAACUUGCGCCAUUACCCGAUAUCCUGAAACAAAUGCAAAUUAAGAUGCAGGAAGCACAACAGAUGCGUUUAGUCGCCGAACGCAACUGCGAGGAUCUAUCACGAGAAUUGCUGGAAUGUAAGGAUAAGGUUCAAACUUUGCAAAAUCAAUUGGACGUGUUGCGCACCGAUCAUCAGACACUUCAGAAUGACUCCACUAAGUCGGAUGAAAUAGAUAGAAAAUGUAGCGAGUUGCGACAUGAAAAUGAGAGAAUGAAAAACACAUUAACACGAUUUGAGGAACAUGAAGCGCAGUUGCAAAAACGAAUUGACGAAAAAAUGCACGAGAACACGCAGUUGUCAUCGACGUUGGAGCAGAUAAGAGAGGAUUCCGCUCGGCAAGUAGCAAGAACGAAGGAGCGAUGCGAAACUAUGCGAAGAUCGAUGCAAGGCCAGAUCGCUGAAAUGGAAAGACAAUUAGCACAAUGUAGAGCAACAGCACGCGCAGCUCAACGUGAUAGAGAUGAGAUCAGACAAAAGAUGCAGAGUCAAAUAAAUAAUUUGAACGAGGCAUUUAAACACGCGCAAGGCCGCAUAAAAUCCUUACAAGGUCAUGUAAAUUAUCUCAAGACUUCUUAUAGUAAUAUCUUUCUUGGUCAAGGAGAAACACCAACAGAUUUGCCAGGAGACGAUUCCUGUGAUUGCUGAACUAUAUAAAAAUGUGUAUACACAUAUAAUCUUUCAAUAAUAAUGAUAUAUUUUUGUUCAUAACGAAACACAACGAAAUUAAAAAUAUACUAUUUCCAUGUAACAUACAAGUCUUGUGCAUUUAUAUUCUAAAUAAUAUGACAUUUUAAUAAACAAUUGAUAAAGUUGA